UAUUAAAAUUAAAGACAUGGAAUUUCAUAAAAACAUUAUUUUCGUCCUACCAUCUUAUAAUAAUGUAAGACUAUGAAAUGAAAAUGAAAAUAUUUUUUUCAAAUACGAAUAAACUGGUAGAUUCAGCUGCAAUAACGUGUACAUAUUAGAAAUGUGUGUUUUGAAUAUAUUUUCGAAGCUAUCAAAUAAAACGUUUAAUGCGAAUUAUAUGUAAAAAUUACAAAAAAAAUAUUGCUGUGAUUUAAUGUUUAAAGUGUGAAGGAACUAUGAGUAACUUGAUAGAUGCUCAUUGGUUUCCUUUAACAUCACAAGGAAAUAUUUAUUCCAUGACAAAAUUAUGUUCUACUAAUGGCUCCAACAAGGCAUUGGUAGCUUCUAUAAAAAGAAAAAUAUAUUCCUGCGAAUAUCAUCUGAUGCCAAAUCUGCAUUUAAGACCAUUGGUUAAGGAGCUACUGUUUACAUACAUUCCAAGUGGUGCAGAAAUUAUAUCCAUCGACGCUUAUAAUAAAUCUGACACUGGCGAUGGAUUUGUGAUAGGAAUAACUAUAAUAAAAGUGAGCACAGAUACGUCCGUGGAAAGAUAUUUAAAUAUUUAUACGGAAGGUGCUGCAGACGGAGAAGGAGAUGAAUGCAGCUCGAUCGAAGCCGUAGCGCAAAAUUGUCUCAUGGUAGAAUUAGCAUAUACUCCUUAUCAUUUGUACCAUACUAUACUGCCGCACCAAAAUUCUCACAAUGAGGUUGUUUGGUUAUUGUCCGGAAGCGAUUAUAAGAUUCAUAUGAUCAGAGAAGAUAAAUUAAACCACGGUUACAGCGAAUCGCCGAUCGAAAAAUAUUUCCCUGAAUUGCACGAUAUCCAAACAAUUACAUUAUGGAUUAAUAUUUACUACUAUAAUAACUAUAACUGGAGACUGACUGUAAUUGGUUGUGAAUGUGGUUUGGUCAAAGUAGCUAUCGUUAAUGUUUUAGAACUGAAAGUCCGUCGAAGUUGGAAUUUGAGAUACGACACACCUAUACCCAGUGUAUGCGUAUUUUCGCAAAAAAACAAUAUUACAAAACCCACCUUUGCCGACUUUAAAAGAUCAAGUCAUUCUCUGGACGAUAAAGAAACAAAAUUAAAUGUUCUCAUUGUAAAUACAAGUUAUGCUGUUGUUUUCAUGGACAUUUUAAAUAAUGGGAUGGAGGAAGACAUACGAUUAAACGUUAGUGAAACGUCCGAUUGUAUUUUGUGUUCUUGCAUUGCUGAUAUCAAUAUGGAUGGCCAAAACGAAAUACUGUUAGGAACCUAUGGCCAAGAAAUUCUAAUAUUUUCUUUUACCAAUAACACAUGGGAAUUAAUUGUUAGAAAAUUAUUUGAUGCACCGGUACAUUCUAUAUGUUAUAUGGAUAUAACAAAUGAUGGAAUGAAGGAACUUAUUGUUCUUACGCAACGUGGAGUACAUAUAUUACAGCACAAUAUUACGGAUGUUAAAGAUAAAUGGAAAAAACGGUAUCAAAAGGUAAUUGGAGGUAAUGAAACAUAACUUUUCAUUGCCACAAUGAAAAGUUCAAAUCAAUUUUAGUCCUCAAAGAUUAAUAUAAAGAAAUUUUUUUACCGAAGAUU